AUGAAGUCCAAACAAGUCUUAUUCAUCGCCCUUAGCUUAAUUCUGUUGGAAGCCCUUGUACCCUUUAAAGUGGAGUCCUUUAAAGUCGAUCUGGAUAAGCUUGGGGAAUGCACGGAAGUGGCACUUCAAGUAGUCUCCACCUUGGCCUUAAGAGCAAUACCGUGUAUGAAGAAAAUGGCAAUUUGUGCAAAUUUUAAGCCCCUAAAGACCAAUAAUCUUGAUGUUACGGCGGUGGCGCUUUUGGGCUAUCAAUACAUGCAAAAGGUCGUAAGUAAUCAGCGAUGCCUACUACAAUCCUUCAAGGAUGCGCACAACGCUGUAGCGCCACAAAUCAACAAGAUUAUUAGAAUGAAUUGUGUACCAUUUUCAUUUUAAAACAAAACAAAAUCGAUAUCUUCAAGUACCAUUGCUUAAAUCAAUAAUAUAUUUAAGAAAAGGUAAAAACA